UGAUUUGAAUUUAGGAAAAACCCCAACCCAGAUAUCAGAUAGUUCGGGUUGGAGUAGGCAUGAGUUCGGGUUCGCCCGCGAAGUCGUAGUCCUAGCCAAUGGCUCUGUCACUUUCCCCCACACCCCACGACAUGGAUGGCGAACUUAGGUCAGAUGACGCGGCGACUCAGUCGGAGGAGGUGGUGGUGGUGGCUGAUGAUGUUGUCGCCGCGUCGACCUUGUCAGAAGUGGUGGUGGCUGAUGAUGAUGCCACCCCAAUCCCACCAAAAGUCUUCAUCCAUCGCGAGCUCGGAUCACUUGACACAGCGGCGACUCUGGCGGAAGUGGUGGUGGCCGAUGAUGAUGCAAUCGCCGACGGUCAUCCUCACUCUCGUAACCAUCAAAUUCCAUCAACACUGGACACCAAGGGGAAGGGCCGAUGGGGGACUCUGAUACUUGCUUACAAGACAUUAGGAGUCCUCUUUGGUGGGCUUCUGACCUCUCCACUUUAUGUUUAUCCUUCAAUGCCAUUGAAAUCACCAACUGAAGAUGACUACCUUGGAAUCUACAGCAUCAUGUUCUGGACCCUCAGCCUAAUUGGUAUUAUAAAGUAUGCUAGCAUGGCUCUCAAAGCUGAUGAUCACAGUGAAGGUGGAACAUUUGCGUUGUAUUCGUUACACUGUAGGAAUAUGAACAUUGGAAUUAUUUCUUCCAAACACACAAAUUCAAACUCAAGCCUUUCACGUGCUAACCUGUAUGAGAGCUCUGAAAAGAAAAGUAUGCUCGGCAAAUUUCUUGCAAAAAGUGUAGUUGCCAGGAGGGUCUUGCUUUUUAAUGCAAUACUAGGCAUGUGCAUGCUAAUUGGUGACGGUAUACUUACUCCUGCAAUCUCAGUGUUAUCCGCAAUUGAUGGCAUAAGAGUUCAUUUUCCUUCAGUCAGCAAAUCUUUAGUCGAAGGCCUCUCUGCCAUAGUUCUUAUUGUUCUGUUCUUGAUACAAAAGUUUCGAACCUCGCGAGUCAGUUUCCUUUUCUCCCACAUCAUGACUGUGUGGACUCUCACCACUACGAUUGUUGGAAUUUAUAGUAUUAUACAUCAUUACCCAAGUAUAUUUAAAGCAAUAAUACCGCACUACAUCUUCCGCUUCUUCUGGAAAAAUGGAAAAGAAGGCUGGCUGUUGCUUGGAGGUACUGUGCUUUGCAUCACAGGUUCUGAAGCAUUGUUUGCUGAUCUAGAUCAUUUCAACAAGAGUUCCAUUCAGGAGGUGUACUUAACUCUCUAUCUAUUGGAUUUCCAUAUGUCCGUUGUUUUUGCAGUGGUUUCUAACACCUUUUCCCAACAGAUAACAUUUUUGUUCACUAUAUAUCCGUCACUGGUUCUGACAUAUGCGGGGCAGACGGCAUACCUGAUCAGAAACCCAAAUGAUCAUGAUGAUGGGUUUUACAAGUUCAUACCGAUGACAGUUUAUUGGCCUAUCUUUAUCACAGCCAUAUUGGCAGCUAUAGUUGCAAGUCAGUCACUGAUUUCAGCCACUUUUUCUGUUAUCAAGCAAUGUGUUUUACUUGAUUAUCUCCCUCGUGUUAAGGUGGUGCACACAUCCUCCAGCAAAGAAGGGGAUGUUUACUCUCCAGAAGCCAACUACAUCCUCAUGAUUCUUUGCGUUGCUGUCAUUCUUAUUUUUCGAAAUGGGAACAAUAUCGGGGAUGCCUUCGGUGGUGUUGUUAGUAUGGUCAUGCUCAUCACCACCAUACUGCUGACAAUAGUAAUGAUCAUUAUUUGGAGAACGUCACCAGUUCUUGUCUCCUUUUACUUUGUUGUAUUCUUUGUGGCGCAAGGACUCUAUGCCAUUGCCGUCUUUACCAAAAUUCCGUGUGGUGGGUGGAUCCCGUUUGCCAUUUAUUUUAUUCUUGCUUUUAUUAUGUUUGGCUGGCACUACGGGAGGCAGAGAAAGAUGGAGUAUGAGUUAACCCAUAAGUUAGAUUUACACAGACUAGAAGUGUUGUUAUCUGAGACAGAUGUUCAGAGAGUUCCUGGGCUUGGCAUCUUCUAUAACAAUGUACAAGAUGGACUUACCCCAGUUAUUGGUCAUUAUAUAAAAACCAUGAGAUCUCUUCACAAGGUUACUAUUUUUAUGACACUUCGAUACUUGUUGGUUCCUAAGGUUGCCCCACAUGAGAAGAUUGUUGUCCAGAAACUGGGCCUCAAAGGUUUAUAUGUGUGUGUGGUUCAGUACGGCGAUGCAGAUUUUCUUAAUCUUGAAGGGGAUGACUUUGUUAGUCAAGUUACUGACAGCUUGCGAGCUCUUAUACAUGAUCGCUCUGAUCGUGCACACCCAGUUGAUUUAGAGGAUGGUGAAAUUUCGAAUUUGGAUGAGGCAAAGCAUCUUGGUGUGGCUCAUAUUCGAGGGAAAACAAGGUUUUAUAUAGGCAAGAAUUGUAGCUGGUUUGACAGAGUCAUGCUUGCAUUUUAUGAGGUUAUGCACAGUAAUUGUAGGUCUGCACUGCCGGCUUUGGAGGUGCCACUAGCUCAGCGUAUUGAGGUUGGAAUGCUGUAUGUGGCCUGAAAACUAUAACAUAAUUUGAAAUUCAUCUUCUUUUUGCUCUGGGGAAUUCCACAGAAGUUGGAGUGUUGUAUGAAGGAUUGAAAAGUGGAUUGGACCACAACAUUCAUAACAAGUUUGAGAGGUAUCAUUUUGCCCAUGUACUCUCAACCCACAUACAUAUGAAUGUGUAUAUGUAUUACUGGAUCCAAUUAGUUCAAGUAUCUGUUGAUAUACAACUUAAUCGCGAAUUAGAACUAAAUUUAGUGUGGGUUG